GAAUUCUGACAUAUGGAACAGACAAAACAGCCACCACGAAUGGUAGAAGAGGUUCUGGUGCUAAAAGAAACAUUGAUGCUACCAUGGCAAAGAAAUAUGGUAUUGCUUCGCUGCAGUUAGAUGUCAUGCCUCUCCUCUCAGGAGAAAAAUCAGUGAUCAGUCGUCUGGCAGAAAACAAUCCUAAAGUUUUAGAUGCUUACGUGACUUUCACUGUGGAAACACCUCUUCUGUCUGAAAGACAAAGACAUGAAUUGAAUCCACUGAUUAUAAGGAUUAAUUCGGCUACCUGCCUCCCAAACACGCCUGUACCAAUAGAAGUGCUGCAGAGGUUGUGUGUUCCCACCUACUGCAAAUACAAAUUUCACAACUUUCCACCUCAUCGAACUCACGGACAAAUCCAUGGAACUCACGUCUACUUUAAGGAUGUUAAUGUACUUCUAACAGGGACAAUGAAACCUGGGGAGUUACAGAGAUAUCUUAGAGGUCCACCUUUGGAGAUUGAAGUUCAUGACCGGGAUAGAAACAUGGAAGACAACACAAAAAAGCCAUCUUUGUUUGGGGAGGAUGAAGCUGAUGAAAAAGUGGGUAAGGUGAGCUUCCUUGCUUGCAAAUCCACAGUCUGUAAUUCUUUUACGAAGAACAAAGUAUGGCAUCCGCAUGGGGUAGCUAAAGUCAGUCUAACUGACUUAUUGUUGGGUAAAAAGUACUUGACUAUCAGUGCUCCCAUCCAUAACUGUUCAGCUCCAAAUACAGCUGCUUUCAGUGAGGAGGAUAAAAAUGAGAAAAUAACAGAAUCAGUGAGUAGUUCUUCCCUGAUACCUAUGGGACAUUAUCUAGAAUCAGACUCGCUUUUGAAAGUAAGAGUGGAAAUAGCUGUGCCAUUGGGAAUGCAUGCAGAAAUUACUGAUGCUCAAGUCACAAAUUGCCCAUAUGGUUGUAUAAUCUACAUUUUUGACUACCAUAAUUCAUCUUUAUUACAUGAUUUGGUGGAAGAGAUUACAGAAAUCAACGCUAAAGCCCUCCAGCUGGACUGCUAUCCUGUACACUUCAUCGGAAUGGCUCUUGCUGCAUUAAAACUGAAAACCACACUUGAGAGAGUUUCUGAGUUGGAUAUUGUUACUGGUUUUCACUUACUGGAUGGAGCAACUCACCUCUUUGUCUUGGAGGGAUUAAAAGACAAAGCAAUCAAGAAGCUAUGGGAUAGACACUUUGAAAGGACUUACAGACAUGAAGAUGGACAACUGGAAAUACUAUAUAGACUCACAACUGUCUUUCCGUCAACGCCUGUAUGCAGACCUGGAAGCUAUCUUUUAUCAUUUCCGCCUCUGUCAGCCCCUCUUCACUAUAACAAAACAGCCUCUGCUGUAUGUCAGAGGUAUGGUUCCUUCGGCAUGUUUCCAAGCCUUGUCCAGGCUAACAUUGGUGCUGUAUGCCAACUCAAAGGAAAGAUGAAAAAGCCAAAGUUUGAAGCUUUCAGGAUUUCUCCUGUUGAUGGCAAAUCUGUCUUUAACUACAGCUCUCAGAGCCUGAAUUCUGCAGAACUUGCAAAGAAGCGUCUUCGCCAGGAAAUGGCAAAGGAACCAAAGAACAGAUUCACUUAUUGUCAUGAGUAUCUGUCAGCCACAUUUGACCCAGUGGAUGUGGUUGCUGCCUGUAAGGAAUUCUUUGCAAAAUCCAAGAGUAUGUGGCUGUCACCGGAUGGAUUUGUAUUUCCUGGAUUUAAGAGCAGCAUUGAAAGCAACCUGCACCCUCAGAUGCCUGAUGAGGCACGUCUGGAGGAUUUAAGUGAGAAAUGGCAGGAGAAUGCUCUGCAUGCUAACAUGGAGCCAGUGCUGUCACGAGACAGAUGGAGCUGGGACAAACGGCACAUUGAUUUUGAUCUCUACAAGAAGCCACCUGAGCUCUUCGUGACAACAGCCCCACGGACUGUCUGUUGUCGGCCUUGUGAAGAUGCUACUCGAACUCUGCAAACUACAGUUGAUGAUACCAAGCUGAAAGCUCACCGGCGUUCCACAGCAGCUGAGUUAUCCACACGUGGGCCAAGAGCUAGGUUUCAGCUACAGAAGCUCCAGGGACUUCUGAAAGAUGAACCUCUGAAAUUCUCACUCAGGAAGGCAGGACCAAUUUUGAAGCCUCUCCCAGCCCUUUCCGUGUUGGACAACCAGCCCUGCGACACCGGUUCGGAUGCCCUCCCAGGAAGGAGGGAGAGCAUCGCCAGUGGCUUUGUACCAGGUCCCGAUGACCAGCACAGCUUGAAGUGGAGCACGAAUGUUAUCCUCGGGCACAACAGAGAGCAUAAGCAGUUUGGAAAACUCCAAGGCGCAGAUUUCAAGUCACUUUGCUAUAAACAUUCAUUCGUUUACAAGAGAGAACAAUCUGCAAGAGCAGGAGGACGCGCCACCAUCCUCACACAACAGGAAGACCCUCUCCAGAAUGACACACGAGAGCAAAGUUACUCUGGAUACAGGUACCUUGGCAACAGAAAGCACUCAAUGAACAACAGAUAAUUGGUAAUGUGUACCUGUGACGCAAAAUAAUUGCCUUCCUAAUGAAAUCUGGCCAGCAAAUAAUUCCCAAAGGCAAGUAUGGGGACACUGUUGAAACGUGUCACUGGACAAAACUGACCUUGCAGGGACAGUUAAGAGGUAGCUAAAUUAUGUUUGGGGGUUAGCAAGAGGGUAGGGGAAAAAAUGUGUAAACUGUC